AGUCAGUCCGGUAUUGUUAGUCCUCCGGGUGUCAUUCAACAUGGCGCUACCUGCCGGGCGGUCUGUGGUCUUCGUGACUGGAAACGCCAAAAAACUCGAAGAGGUCAUUCAGAUCCUGGGAGACAAGUUUCCCUACAAACUAGUGUCUAAAAAGAUUGACUUGCCUGAGUACCAAGGAGAGCCAGAUGACAUUUCCAUACAGAAGUGUAAGGAGGCUGCACAGCAGAUCGAUGGACCAGUCAUAGUGGAGGACACCUGUCUGUGUUUCAAAGCUUUGGGAGGCCUGCCUGGUCCUUACAUAAAAUGGUUCCUGGAUAAACUCAAGCCAGAAGGUUUGUACAAACUCCUCGCUGGGUUUGAAGAUAAAUCAGCGUGGGCUCUCUGCACUUUUGCUUUCACUGCUGGCAAAGAUGAACCAGUUCAGCUCUUCAGAGGGAAAACAGAGGGACGCAUUGUGGAACCGAGGGGACCUCGAGACUUUGGAUGGGAUCCCUGUUUCCAGCCAGAGGGAUAUGACAAAACCUAUGCUGAACUGCCCAAAGAAGUGAAGAAUACUAUCUCUCACCGCUACCGGGCGCUUGCUGCCAUGUCUGAGCACUUCUCUCAAACCAACAAUACCUCACCACAGGUCAAGAAGAAGAAGCAGGGGGAUUAAAGAAUCCUUUUUAGGCCAACUUCAGGUUCUGACUCUGGAUACUCCUUAUUACUAAGACCUGUUUCAUUGUUUCGUCUGAAAGAUAUGGCAGAUAACAGAUUUGUGAUCACAAUGUCUACUUGUAGAAUCUGCAGUGGAAAAUGUGCUGCAUAGCGGUUUUGUGUUCUUUUUAAUAAACUUAUUUUUAAACAAGU